AUGAAGCCUCCCCCGCGGCGCCGAGCGGCCCCGGCGCGCUAUCGGGGCGAGGUGGCCGGCGCCGCCGGCUGGAGCGCCCUCGAGAAGCGGCAGCUGCUCCGGCUACUGCAGACGCGGCGGGGCCAGCCGGAGCCGGACGCCGCCGAGCUGGCCGGGGAGCUGCCGGGCCGGAGCGAGGCCGAGAUUCGGGAUUUCCUCCAGCAGCUCAAGAACCGUGUGGCCCGGGAAGCCAUUCAGAAGGUGCAUCCAGGUGGCCUAAAGGGUCAAAGGCAUCAGCCCCCAGCUCCCAUCGAGGUGUGGAUGGACCUGGCUAAGAAGAUAACAGGCCCACUGGAGGAAGCUCUGACCGUGGCUUUCUCACAGGCGCUCACCAUCAUGGCUGUGGAGCCCAUCAGCCUCCUGUACUCCAAGCCGUCCAAGCCCACGCAGGCGCGUGCAAAACUGCUGCCCCUUAACACCCCCAGCAGACAAGAGAACCCGAGCCCUGAGGCUGGUGGCCCCAUCCCUGAAGCACCUGCUGGCCCCUCUGCUGAGGGAGACCUCGAAGUGGACUUUGAAAAGAUCUACAAGUACCUGUCAUCAGUCUCCCACAGCUACCAAGACCCUGAGCUUUCCCCAGCCGAGUCAGCCGUGGUCCUUGACCUGCUCAUGUCACUUCCUGAGGAGCUGUCUCACCUGCCCUGUGCAGCCCUGGUUGAGCAUAUGAUGGAUACGUACCUACACCUGAUGGCCCCCCAGUCUGACCCCGGCAGUGGGAACCUGGGACCAGAAGCUGAGGUUUGUGGGACUGGCUCUAGGGGGCAAGAGGAGUCCAGUCAGGCCAACCCCCAGGCCCCUGAGAAUGCCAAGCCCAGCAAACCGAGAUCUGCCUGGCAAGCAGUUGGGGUUUGCCCCCUGAACCCAUUUCUGAUGCCUCUGGAGCUUCUGGGCCAGGUAGCUACCCCUGCAAAGUGA